AUAACCGGCGGGUUCUGAGUGUUAACUUUAGGCCACGAAUCGAGAUUAUUGUUGUUCGUGUUUUAGACUCGAUUCUCGAAUUUUUAGGCUUUUGGAUUUUUAAAAUUAAUUAACUCCGGCAUUUCAAACAAUGGCUGGCGAAGUUAUCGUCGAUGCUCUUCCGUACAUUGAUCAAGGGUACGACGAGCCGGGCAUCCGUGAAGCUGCGAUCAGUAUGGUAGAAGACGAAAAACGUCGUUACAGACCGUCGAAAAACUAUCUAGAACAUUUGCCACCACUUAAUAUAUCGGCGUUUGAAACAGAAAUGAUGCGAACAGAGUUUGAUAGACUUCAGCAGCGUUUACCUAUGGAAACAAUGAGUAUGAAACGCUAUGAGCUACCUCCACCACCUGCUGGAAAACUCACGGAUAUGUCUGCAUGGAAUGAAUGCUUAGAAAACUCAAUGGCCCAACUCGAACAUCAAGCUACAAGGAUCACCAACUUAGAGCUUAUGAUGGAUUAUGGUACAGAAGCCUGGAAAUCUUAUUUGGAAGUUCUAGUAAAAUGUGUAGCAGCUGCACAGACACAAGUGGCUAAAUUGAAAAAACAAAUUCAAGAAGUAAAUUUCCAGCGAAAAAAUGUGCAAAUGCAAGUUGGCGAAAAAUUACGAGAUUUAGAAGCCAAUUGGGUAGGAUUGGUGAGCAAGAAUUAUGAGAUAGAAUUGGCAUGCGCUCACUUAGAAAAACAAAUAAGAGCAUAUGAACUGGCCAAUCCAGAAAAAAUGGAAACUGAUUAAAAAUGUGAUUGUAACUUUUUUCGUAACUAUGUAUAAAGUAUUUAAGAACAUUUAUGGUAUAAGAAUAAGUAAUAACGACAUUCUCAUGUAUUAUUUUUCACAAUUUUAUAUUUUCAUGUAAAAAAAAGUAUAAAAAGUGUGUAUUAUAAAAUAAAGCAUUUUGCCUACAUCAAACUUAUAAACUAUGUUUAAAAACACAUAAAAAACUUGAGUAUCAAAUACAUUUGAUAGUCUUACUAUCAUUUUGAUAAAUUGCACUAGGUAUGUAUAAUUAUAUAAUUUGAUUUGUUAAUAGUAAGUCGUAAAAAAUAAGUACACUAAUAUUUAGUAUUAUUAUUAUGUAGCUUAAUAAAUGUCUAGGAUUAUUCACAAUAUAGUCAUACCAUUAGAUCAUAAAAUAUAGGUAUUUUACGGCUUACAGAUACUUACUAUAUUGUACUUAAGUAUAUAUUCAAAGGAACUGAAAUAAAGCCUAGCAAUGCUCAUUAAUUUCAAGCUAAGGA